AUGGAGGACAUGGAUGUGAUUGGCUUCCCCGGUGACGAGUUUGCUGGCGAGGACGAUGAGGACCAGCUUUAUGCUGUCCUGGCCGAGACCGAGAACGCCACCACGCCUGCCCUCCGCGCCCGCCUUCGCAAGCAGCUGGCAGCCCGCCACGUCCACAAGUCGUUCGAUAACAAGCUGCCUGAUGACUUUGACGAUGACGAGUACUCAUUGCGGCCGCUGCCGUCGUCUGCCUCUGCUCCUCCUCACUCGGCAGACUCGACAGACUCGGCAUCAACAGUCUCGGACGGCUCGUCGUCGGGCGGCUCGGGCGCCUCGCUCUGGCUCUUCGAGUCGUACUCGGACUCGGAUGCUGGCGAUGGCGAGUCGGUCCCGGUUGUGGAGCUGCCACGGGCGUGGUCAUCCACAUGGGCCGCCGUCUACGGCCUCCGCUCUCGUGGCCGAGCCACUCAUGUUGUUGGCGCUACCGGCUGGCGGUGGGCUGGCCUCGGUGUGCUCGGCGCCUCGCGCCCGGUCUGCCCGCCGCUCACGCCGCCUCCGCUUACGCUCGCUGCCGCCCGCGACGCCCUCAACCCGCGUCUCGCUCCCGCUCUCCCGCAUCCGCCGUCAGACGACGCCGACACUCUCCGCCUUGCACCGAGCCGCGCCGAGAUUGACGCAUGGUGGUCAUCGCGCCACCGGGCCGGCCUCGGAUGGCACCUCCCGCUGAGGGAGCUGCUGCCGUAUCCGAGCCUCCGGCUUGACCUGCCCAACCCGGCCCCUCUUGCCGCCGCCAUCUCGCGCUUCUUUACAACCGCUUGGAUGCGCGGCGACUACGACAGCCUCCGCCCGGUUUUGCAGACCAUCCACGCCCUCGUCGACGCCCGCCAGUACCGGGAGGCCCUCCGCUGGCUCGACGCCUUUGACAACGACGCCUGGCUCGUCUCCAUCGAGGACUACCACCGCGCCGACGCCCGGCUGCAGGGCAUCGGCGGCGGCCCGGCGCCACACUUUUCCGCCCUCAUCCUCGACUCACUCGCUGUCGAGCCGCUCCUCCUCCGCUCCUCGGUCUACCUUGCCCUCUACCUCGACGAAGGCAAAUCGUCGCUCCUCGCUGCUGCCCUUGACGUCUACCACGAGCUCGUCGGCCUCAAGCAAGAGCUUGCCCUCCCGCUCGCCCGCAACCUCCUUGCCGCUCACCUCUUUGACCACGCCUGGUCUUUUGUCUCCACCGCCCUCCACGCAAAGCCGACUGCAGAGGUCAUCGUUGCGCUCUCCACACAAGCCAAGCUUGCCCGCGAGCUGCUCGAGUGGCGCGCCGCCUUUGCCGGCCCGCACCCUUCUACAAUCAUCCCGCACCACCUAGCGUCUGCUCCCGACGCCGAGCCUUUAGUUGUCCUCGCGCCGGUGGUUGUCGGCAACGCCCUUCGUGCGGCCGCCCAGCAAGGUAUCUCGCUCGCCCACUUUCGCGCCGCCGCCUUUCUUAUCCCCUCCUCACCGGUUCUUUCCUUUGAGUACGGGCUCGCCGUCCAGGAAUCCGGCGAUCCCGCUGCUGCCGCCGUGCAGUAUGAGCAGGCUGUCAACCUCGCCCCGAACGAGUCGCUGUACCUCUUUCAGCGCGCGUGCUUUGAGCUCGCCCACGGCGAGCCCGACCGCGCGAUCAACCUCUUUGCCGCCGUCGCCCGCCUUGCAGACACCACCUCGGCCCUCCACGCGCUCAUACUCGGCUACGCACUGGUUGAGCUGGGCGAGUUUGAGCCGGCGCUCUCCGCCCUCGACAUUGCCACAGCCUUCCAGCCGGCGUGGGCCGCUCCACUCCGUCUCGCUGGCUACAUUCACGCAUCGUGUGGUGCCCACCCUGCCGCCGUCCGAGCCCUUGCCACCGCUCUCGAGCGCGCCCCGCGCAACGCAGCCAUCAAGUUUCAGCUCGCCCUCGAGUUCAUUGCCCUCCAUCAGCACCUCCAGGCCGACGAGCUCCUCUCCGAAGUCAUGCAGCGCUAUCCUGACUUUGCCGCCGGCCAUUACUGGCAUGCCAAGGUGCUCAGCGCCCAGGGCCAGCGCAAGGCCGCACUCCGCGCCCUGCUCAAAACCAUCGAGCUUGAGCCGCGCCACGUCGCUGCCUAUCUCGACCUCGCCCGCGCCUACGCUGCAAACGGGGCCCUUCAGGAAGCGCAGCGCCUCACUCGCCGCGCCCUUGCUCUCGCCGCCGAGCACGGGCCCACGCCGCCGCCGCCGCCCACUCCCACCCCGUCCAUCCUCCGCCUGCCCUCGGCCAUGGACGCCUCGCUCCGCUCAUGGUCCGGCGUCGAGGACGAGCUCGCCUCGCUCGCCUCGUCCGCCACCUACCUCUCGGCCUCGUCGUCUUCGCCCUCACUCGAUUCAUCAACCUCGGCCGACUCGUCGUCCCGCAAGACCUCGUCCGGCUCUGCGCCGCGCUCCGCUGACCACUAUCGUCCGCUGCGCCCUGACGACGACGAAGGCGACAUCGACGUCGACGUCCUCCAGGAUGCCCGCGACGCCCGCGGCCUCGUCCACGGCGUCGCCCCACCACUCUUCUACACCAUCCUCGAGGCCGAAGCCGACCCCGGCAGCGACACGCUGGUCUCGUCGCCGUUCACUCCCGAGCCGUUUGGCCAUCUCGACUCGCUCCGCGCCUCGGCCCAUCGCCUUAACCAAAAGAUCGUCAUCAAGAUGAAUCGGCUCCACGGCCGAUGAUCGAUUGCAUUUAGUAAGGCAGACGCGGCAAAGGCGCUGCGCCGCUCACGCAGAGCCGAGGUUAGCAAGCGGAUCAAAGGCCACCUCUUCGAUGUGGAACGGCUGGUACACGUUAUACGCGCCAGGAUCCAGCGCCGUCCGCGCCACAGGCUCCUGCACAAAGUCCUCUACAAACGCC